AUGUGGAAAGAUGCUGCUGAACUGACGCGGAGAAGCUUUGCCGUCAAGUUUGCGACAUGUUCGAUCCUGGCGCAAACUGACAUCUCUAAGCCGGCGCCCGACCCGAAGAAGCUGCGCUUCUAUGAGUACCCGGACAUCCAGGCAGCCGCGGACGUUCCGCAGCUUACACUUAUGCUGGACCCUGAAGCUGAGAGUUACCAAGAGGCCUACAACGCCUCGCGGCAGGUGGCCGACGCAUUGCGAGGAGAGCGUCUGGCGGUCGUCGUCCUGGGCGCUGACAUGCACAGCGCCCUCAAGUUCUUCAAGGUGAAAGUCAGCGACCUGCCCAUGGCGGUGGUCGUGAACUGGACACAUGGGCUCGGCGAGCGUCCGUACCAGUUGUUCCUUCACUCACGAGCUGCCACCGCUCCGCUGGACUCUGGGCCGCUCCUCACCUUCGCCCGAUGCUUCCUGAGGGGCGAGGUGCUCCCUUGGCAGCGUUCGGCGCCUGUGGUUGCGGACCCGCGGCAGCACGAUGCGCAGGCGGGCGCUCUGGAGAUUGUCGCCUCGCAGUUCGGUGAGCUGGCCCUGGAUGAUGGCAAGGAUGUCCUUGUCAUGUUCUUCGCGCCCUGGUGCGGCUUCUCCAAGCGCAUGUCUCCACGAGUGGAUGAGCUGGCGCGGCAUUUCCGCCACGCGAAGCAGCUGUCGGUUAUGAAGAUCGACGACACGCAGAAUGAUGUGGACCAUCCCGUCCUCAAGCAGAUGACGGGGUAUCCUUUCUUGGCCUUCUUCCCGGCGGGAAGGAAGAAUGACGCCGUUCCUGUUCGGGUGAAUGCCCGCUUACUUGGCGACUCAGAAGCUUGGGUCCAGGAGGCCUCUCAGCGCCUCAAAGCGCUGGCCACGGCGGAGCUGCCGGAGACCGCGCCGCCCUCGGAGGAGCUGGGCGCGGAGGGGUCUGGACUCCUCAGCGAUGCAGAGGAGCGCCUGGAGGAGUUCUGA